AUGGCGGCGGUCGGUGCUGCUGCUGCUGAGGCCGAGUCGUCGGACAGUGAGCCGGAGCAGGAGCACGGCUCCCCGCAGAAGCUCAUUCGGAAGGUCUCCACGUCCGUUCUCGUCUUGCGUUCUUUCGCUGUGUUUGACGGUCACGGUGGAGCUCGAGCAUCACGGACAGUUUGCUGCUGAGAAAUCUCCAUCACACGCAUGGUCAGCAAGUUUCCUAAAGGUGACGUGGAGAAUUUGGAGAAGCUGGUGAGGAGUCUGCUGGACACCUUCCGUCAGACCGAUGAGGAUUUCCUGAAGAAAGCCUCCAGCCAGAAGCCCGCAUGGAAGGACGGCUCCACGGCCACAUGUAUGCUGGUGGUUGAUGAUGUUCUGUAUGUGGCAAACCUAGGAGACAGUAGAGCAGUGCUGUGUCGUGUGGAGCAGGCUGAGGAUUCUGGGAAGAGGAAGUGUGUGACUCUGGCUCUCAGUAAGGAGCACAACCCCACCAUAUAUGAGGAGCGCAUGAGGAUUCAGAGAGCGGGCGGCUCGGUCAGGGACCGCCGUGUGCUGGGAGUGCUGGAAGUGUCUCGCUCCAUCGGUGACGGUCAGUAUAAACGCUGUGGAGUGAUCUCUACUCCAGACGUGCGGCGCUGUCAUCUCAGUCCAAAUGACAAGUUUGUUCUCUUGGCGUGCGAUGGGCUUUUUAAAGUGUUCUCUGCGGACGAGGCCAUUCAGUUCGUCCUCAACAUUCUAGAGAAUGAGACUGUGGAGCAGAAGGAGGGGCAGAGUGAGGGGGCGGGGCGAUUUGAGGCCGCUUGUCAGCGAUUGGCUAGUGAGGCGGUGAGGCGGGGCAGUGCAGACAACGUCACUGUCAUUCUCGUCUCUAUUGAGUUCUGAGAUCAUCACUCACAAACACACACACACACACACACACACACACACACACACACACACACACACACACACACACACACACACACACACACACACACACACACACACACACACA